UAUCUUUCUCGUCUUCGUCUUAGUCCUCAAACAACGCUGCUCUGCUACCAUACCAAAUUUACAAUCCCAGAUAGAUGGGUAAAAAAGUGGAGGAUGUUGAUAAACGUGUUGAGUGGCUCCAUCACGAGAAGUAUUCUGCUUCUUAUGAUGUUUUUGGAGAGCCACAAAAGACUGCUAGAAUAGGAGAUGAAUACCAGGCGCAAAUCCCAUCUUUGUUGACAGAGAACGAACGUCUGCAACUCAUAGCAUUACCAGUUUGUCAUGAUUUCAAGACUGAUGUUCAAAACCCCUUUGAGUUUGGCCUGUCAAUUCCUGUCAGUUGGGUUCAAAAUCAGCACAAGAAGUUGAAAAAAAGUGUGAAAUCUGCAGAGGGUAAAUCUGGUGUUUUAGGUUCCAGAAAACGCAAUUAUAUGCUUCCCAUUCCAUGUACGUCUAAUGAAACUUGGAGUAAGAAUGAACAUGAUAGUUUUCUUCUGGGAUUGUAUAUAUUUGGCAAGAAUCUUCAUGCUGUAAGCAAAUUUGUUGGGAAUAAAGGAAUGUCAAACGUAGUAUCGUAUUACUAUGGAACAUUUUAUAGAAGCAAAGAACACAAAAAAUGGUCAAUUUAUUGGAAGAAAAGAAUCAGAAAGUAUUUGAUACCUGGAAAAAAGAUCUUCAAAGGGUGGAGGCUGCAGGAGCUUUUGUCUCGCUUACUUCCUAAUGUAUCAGACAAAUGUAAAACUCGUUUGACACAGGUCAGAAUGUUUGAGGAGGGGAAACAGACAUUUGAGAAUUAUGUAUUCGCCUUAAGGGAUAUAGUUGGAAUAAAUCUUCUUGUAGAAUCUGUAGCUGUUGGGAUAGAAAAACGAGACCUUACCAGCAAGAUCAGGAGACGAGUUACAACGAAGAAGUUGUGUGGGACUAAGCAUCUUAAGACAGAAGAACUUGUUAGCAUAUUAAAGGGUCAAAUGGGAUUAAGCAAAGAGGGAUUAACCAAAGCAGGAUUGAAUGAUCUCUUUUGGGAAGCUGUGUGGCCUCGUCUCUUAGCAAGAGGAUGGCACUCUGAACAGCUUAUGAACAACACUUUUGAGAACUCGAGAAAUUGUUUGGUGUUUCUUGCACCUGGUGUAGCAAAGUUUUCCAGAAGGGACUUGGUGAAAGGAAGUCAAUAUUUUGACUCUUUUACUGAAGUCCUGAAUAAAGUUACCUUUGAACCAGAGCUGCUUGAGCAGGAACCUAACCAGGAUGGGGUCGUUGAGCCACAAGCAAAUCAAAGCUCGUGUGAAGGCGUGGUUGAGCCACGAGCAAAGCAAAGCUCGUGUGGUAAUCAAGAUUUCAUCAAGUGCACAAUUGUGGAUACCAGUUUGGCUGGACUUGUUAAAGUAAGGAAACUCACAAAUUUACCUGAUUACAAGCAUGUGGAUAUCCAAGCGUCGUGCAGUGUUUCUGGUAAUACCGAAUAUAACUCUACAGAAGGAUCUCCAAAUGAAGGUGUGAAGCAUAACACUGCUGAAACCCAUGGUGUUGUUGAUUCAUUUGACAGUGAAAUGGUGAAACAUCUGGAUCCACUGGUUUCAAGAACUGAUAAUGAGAAAAAGGAUCUUUCAAACAAUAGCCAACCAAUAAGAAAGUUGAAGGUGAGGCUAAAACCACAAGCAAAACGCCACCGAGUUAGUAAUAUUAGAGAUGAUAACCCGAGUGAUGAAGAUGAAGCUAUGGAAGACCCAUGUUCUAAGAAGAAGCGUCAGGGUUUAGUGAUUGACUUAAACAACCCACGAGUGCCUUUAGUUUCUGAUGUUGAUAACUCAUCACCUUCAACAGAACCGUUGGAUUUCUCUGAAACAACCACCAACCAGGCUAAGUUGCUGAGCCCUGGUGCUAAUGGUCAAAGGCAGGGUACAAGAAACCGUCCAUUAACUUUGAAAGCAUUGGAAGCUCUUGCAAACGGGUUCCUAAACCCAAAGAAGAGAAAAAGUUCAGAGGACAGGACCCCCAGACGUAUUCGUGGUAAACUUGUAUUGAAUUGUGAUCCAAACUACAUUGAAAAUAGAGUGGAUGGAGUCUCCUAAUUUGACAUGACUCAUGAGCAUACCUUGAAGUUUAAACCAAAAAAGCUUUCUAGUAUAAAUUUGGUUAUAGUGAUCGAUUUAUAUUGUUAUAUAUAGAUAUAGAUGAGCCUAUUGAGUGUCCUAGAUAGUGUUUCUUUAUUACAUACAUGAUACAUCAAAUAAAGUUUUCAUACCUUGUAUUUUAA